AUGGCGGGUGAAUUCGACUAUGAGGUGUCGCGCAAACUCUGGGAGGCAGCAGUCCCUGUUGAGUUCCAGAUUGACCAAGAUGACGAGUCAGGAGAUGUCUGUCGGCCAAAUUACGCUAUGCUUCCUCGGUGCGGUUAUUUCCCCUUGUACUUGACAAGAAUUUUGGAACAAGUAAAGGCUCGUGAAGACAGCGUGAAACUUGAUGUAGAGAAAGUGUGGCUGGAAAGUAAUGGAUCUCCUUUGAAGAUUUAUUAUCCAAUUGCAGUAGUUAAUGGUAAUGUCAACGAUUUUCGGACCGGACCUCGCCCCGAGGGAGUGUUGCCAGUGUCCAAGGACGCCAUGGAAGCAAUAUUUAUGCAAUCAUUGAAAGAAGCCAAUUAUUUAAAACGGAGGAAAGAAGAGAUUGUAAGCGGUAUGAAAAUUGACGAACACAAGCAACUAUGGCUAAGCCUUGUUCACGACCGUUUUCAUGACUUUUGGAGUGUAAACCGCCGUCUCAUGGAAAGUAGUGAGGAGCGACCAUUCCAUGACAUACCUAUUCGCCUAUAUGUCAGCGGCCAACCUUUCCGACAGGUCCUACAACCACCUCACGAUACAAAUGGAGAGCCACGGACGUUAGCACAAGCACUAAAUUCACUUUCUCAUGAUCUCAUAGAAGACGGAAAGUAUCAAUUUAUAUCCCAUGGUAUUGUGGUCCCACUUGAAACACCUUUGAGCUAUUUGGGGAAGAAUUUCGCUUAUCCAGAUAAUUUUGUACAUAUUUGUGCUAUCUGCAAUAAUAGUUCAUCUGCUUGA